GAAUUUGACAGUUACAGAUGUCGUAAUAAUCACUGAUGGCGAAAAAUUUAACACAAAUUGAGCUAUUUUUAUUAUUGUUGCAAUUUUUGUAAUAAUUAUUAGAAUUCAAUUGAGCAACAAGCACUGACUUAACCUCAUUAAAUAAAAAUGACGACAAGCACUCUCCUAAGGAAACAGUGGAUUUUUAAUCAACUCAUACGACCUGCAAGAAGUCUAGCUUCAAACUUAGGUAACUCUAACAAAAGUAUCGAAAAUGUAGAAAAAAUUCAAAAUUGGAAAGAUGAACUUUUAACAACUAUGAGGGUUUUUCCAAAUUUUCUAAGUCAAGAGGAAGAAGAUUCGUUAUUUCGCGAAGUAGAACCAUACAUGAAAAGACUUCGAUAUGAAUUCUCUCAUUGGGAUGACGCGAUCCAUGGAUACCGUGAGACAGAAAAGGCGAAUUGGAAUAAAGAAAAUAUGAAAAUUCUUGAUAAAGUAAGAAAAAUAGCUUUUCCACCUGGUAUGCCUCAAUUAAAAUUCGUUCAUGUCUUAGACUUGGCCGCUGAAGGAAAAAUAAAACCUCAUGUUGAUAGUAUUCGAUUUUGUGGCGAUAUAAUUGCUGGAUUAAGUCUUCUUAGUGAUUCCGUUAUGAGAUUAACUUCAGUAGAGAAGGAAAGUGAUUGUCGUGAAGAUUUUUUUCUACCUAGAAGAUCGUUAUACAUAAUGAGUGGAGCGGCUCGACACAAGUACAAUCAUGAAAUCCUCGGUCCUGAUGAGUCCAUAUUUGAAGGUAAAAAAGUAGAGAAAACACGAAGAAUUUCAAUAAUUUGCAGAUGUGAACCUGAAUGCUCUCAAGAUCUAUGAGCUAAGUAUUUUUAAACAUUUUUGUUUGUAUAUAAAU